UUUUCCUCCCUAGACCCCAAACAGUGAAAUCCCGUAAGUUGUAACUGGUGUCAGGACUCAAAUCUAAUAUACUCUCCUACAAUAAUAUUACAAUAAACCUUGGGAAAAAAAGAUGAUACUGCCUUUGUUACCUCUCAUAACAUACUGUUUUAUUUUUAUUUUUGUUCCAAACUGAACAUCAACUCUCUAUAUUUCAGAGUUAUUGACAUACUCCUAUAGUUAUAAACUAUUCUGACAUGAUUAAGAUUACAAGUUUUAAUAGUAAAACUAUAGGUGUCUUUUCUUCUUUAUUAAAUUUGGUGUCCAAUUAUACACAAAUUUUAGAGGAGUAAAUACAAAUUCUCCCCAUCUCCCCCCUCUCAUAUUUUCGAGGCUUACCCUCUCCCUUUUUCUGACUUAUUUAUACCCCACUUUCCUAAUACCUUUAAGCUUCACGCAUUCUACCCCAUUCUCUUUCACACAACACCAUACAAGAAAAGGAAGAAAGAGCCCAAUUUCUUCUAUCCUAAAAAGCUGUACAUUCAAUAGUACUACUUGAAGAGAAAGAAAGAAAGAAAGUGAGAGUUAGUUCAAGAGGACGUAACAAAGAAGGAACGCGUUAGGAAGCUACCUAAUAUUUUUCUAGUACAGUUUUGAAUCCCUUUUGUUACUUUCCGCAAAGUAAAACAAAGGACACUAGCCUUUUAGCAGCUUUUGGGAGCCUUUUCUUUCCUUCUGAAAAAAGAAUCUCUAUUAUUGAUGAAUAUUGCAUUACCAGAAAUGUUACACAACAUCACCAGCAAUGGAGGUAAUGGAAGCUCAGAACUGAGCGUGCUUGAUCGACAACGAGCGAGAAUGAAGUGGCAGCAAGAACAGGUCCAUCAACAAGAGAUGAGUUAUUUUAGUGGACAAAAUGAUCAACUGAUGAAUUGUUUUCAUCAAUCAUCUGAAGGUCAACAGUUUCAUGGUCUGAUCAAUGUAAAUGAUCAGAGUCUUAAUGAGCUUGUGACUCGGGCAAUUAAGCCAGACCCCUGUUUGGAGAACAAUUGGCGUGAUUUUGGGACCACUGGUGCUAAUGGUUUUGGUUAUGUACCAAUUGGAGUUGGACAUGGAGGAAUGUCACACCCAGCUGAAAUGAAUUAUGCGAUUUCAAGAACUACAAGCUGCCCACCUACCAUGGCGGACAAUGCUGUUUCUGCUGUUAAACCCAAAGAAACUAUACUGAGUUCUAAUAGAGGCAGAGAGAGUUUCAAGAAGAGGAAAGCAGAUAAAAAUCAACAUCUCAAGGAGGUUGCAGAAGAGGAAACCAAAGACAAGAAAUUGAAAGAAUGCAUAGAGGAAGGAGAUUCCAAAGUAACAACAGAGAAACACAGCAACAAAAGGAGCACAAAUAACAGUAACAACAGUAAGGAAAAUUCUGAUACUUCAAAGGAGAAGUCCAAAAUUACUGAAGAUAAAAAGCCCGACUAUAUUCAUGUCAGAGCACGUCGGGGUCAAGCCACUGAUAGCCACAGUUUAGCUGAAAGAGUACGAAGGGAAAAGAUCAGUGAGAGAAUGAGAUUUCUGCAAGAUUUGGUACCCGGAUGUAACAAGAUCACAGGGAAAGCAGGAAUGCUAGAUGAAAUAAUCAACUAUGUCCAGUCUCUCCAGAGACAAGUAGAGUUCCUAUCCAUGAAACUGGCUGCUGUUAACCCAAGGCUUGAUAUUGACGUAGACAAUUUCUUCAACAAAGAUAUAUUUGCAACUAGCACCUCUAAUUUUCCUACAGUGGGAGCUGGAACAUCAUCUGAAAUGCUCAGCAUGGCCCAACGCCAGUUCAAUUCAUUGCAGCAAAUAGUGUCAAGUUCUGGACUGGAAAUGAGUGUUCUAAAUCUUAGCGAAAUGGCGCUGCGUAGGACCGCUAGCACUCCUGUAUCAAUGCCUGAAAUAUUUCUUGACUCAUCCAGUAUCAAUCAAGUUCAGAGCUUUCCAACUUGGGACACUGACUUGGAAAACAUGUACGCAAUGGAGCUUCAACAAGGAAGAUCAGUACAAUUUCUUCCCCAUCCGUCUACAGGUUUUGUUGAAGCUGGAAAUGACUUGAAGAUGGAAAUGUGACCUUACAGUUCUGAACAUUCAAGAUGCUUGAAUGACUUCACCGCGGAUGUCCUGGAACAUGAUUCUUUUUUUCCAAGUACAUAACAUAGUAUAUUAUGUAUGUAAAUGUUGCAGUUCAAGAGUAUCAAAGCAAUACUAUGACAGUGUUCAUUGGAAACCUAUCUUCUCUAUAACAAUAAAUUAAAAUGCAAUUGGAGCCCAAGAUGCCAAAGAUAUCCAGUAUAAAAAAGCUAGAAAGGAAGUAGAAAUUUGUCACUGGAAGGGGGAAAUGAAAGAAACCGCAUCUCAACUGAAGUGCAAAAUUCUUUCUUUUUUUGUAACUGACAAAUCCGAGGACCUGUGUCGAGCAAAAAGUUCAAACAGAAAUAAUUUGUUUUGACAUGAUGUUAUCACUAGGUUGCAACAAAAAUCAGCUGAAGCUCUCAACCAGGCCAGUAGUUUAAUCAAUUUGGUACCAAUUGGAGUUGUUUAUGUUUUUUCCAUAAAGUCAAUUUGAGGUUAUUUUAUAUACACUUGCCACCUCAACAA